UUUUAAUGGACUUUCUUGAAGUUUCUUCGUAUUUUUUUGGACUUUCGACCUGCUCUAUGACACUGUUUUGUUGUUCGGCUUUUGGACUUUUCAUUGUGCAGCCGCUUCAUGAAAAAAAUUGUACUUUGCGUUGUGUAGCCGCCACUUUAUGAACUUUUUUUUGGUACCUUUUUUGGACUUUCCAUUGUGCAGCCGCUUUAUGAACAAGUAUUUUCUAUUGGUUGCUUGCCUCCAGCUAUGGCCCCAGAUCACACCUGUCAAUCCGGCGAGUACGUGGGGACCGCUUCUCUUCAUUUUUGCUGUUUCUGCAUUCAAGGAAGGACUGGAUGAUUACGGCAGAUAUAAACAGGACAAGUUGGCAAAUGAGAAGAUGAUAUGGGUGGUCAAGAAUGGAAUCAAGACAAGGAUCCGUUCGCAAGAUAUUUGCGUGGGAGAUAUCAUUUGGCUGCGAGAAAACGACGAAGUCCCUUGUGAUCUUGUCUUGCUUGGCGCUUCAGAGACUCAGGGAUUCUGCUACGUAGAGACAGCUGCUCUAGAUGGAGAGACAGAUCUGAAAACUCGAAUGGUGGCUGGCCCUUGCAUUGGGAUCUCGGGGGAGCUGCUUCACAAAAUCAAAGGAGUGAUCGAGUGCCCUUUGCCUGACAAAGACAUCAUGAGAUUUGAUGGGAAUUUGCGGUUGUUUCCCCCUUUUAUCGACACUGAGUACUGCUCGCUGUCAGUGAGAAAUACAAUUCUUCAGUCCUGUGUCCUUCGCAACACUGAAUGGGCAUGUGGUGUCGCUGUUUACACAGGCAAUGAGACAAAGCUGGGGAUGAGCAAGGGAGUUUCGCGACCGAAGCUGACGGCAGCCGAUGGCAUGAUUGACAAGCUGUCAGGAGCUGUGUUUUUCUUUCAAAUCACAGUCGUGCUGAUUUUGGGCAUGGCUGGCAAUGUGUGGAAAAACCUCGAGACUAGGAAGGUGGAGUUUAUCCUUACUGACAAGACUGGGACGCUCACGGAGAAUGUUAUGGUUUUCAAAAAGUGCUUCAUCAACAAGGUUGCCUACGGCAAUGACAAUGGCGAUGCUGCUCAAGAUCCGAAGCUCUUGAAGGCAUUAGCUGACGCUACACCGGAAGUCGUUGAGUUCAUUACAACCAUGGCCAUCUGCAACACUGUGGUCCCAAUCAGAAGUGAAAACGGGGCAAUUCAAUACAAAGCGGCAUCACAGGAUGAGGAGGCACUUGUAACAGCUGCAGCGAAGCUCCAUGUGACACUGUGUUCAAGGCAGGGAUCAUUAAUUGAGGUCAACUUUUUGGGGACACCCGUUCAGUACGAGUUGUUGGCAGUGCUGGAGUUCUCGUCGGAGCGGAAGAGAAUGUCCAUCGUGGUGAAGGAGCCCAACACAGGCCAAAUAAAACUGUACAUAAAAGGAGCAGAUGAAAUGAUCUUCUCAAGGCUUAGAGCGGAUCAAGACCUAAGGUCGAUUGCGGAUUGUCUCGAGCAGUACGCUCAGUCUGGUCUUCGAACACUCUGCUUUGCACGGAGAGAUAUCACAGAGGAGGAGUAUGAGGUCUGGGACAAGCGGUUCAGGGAAGCAAGCGCUUCCGUAACGGAACGUGAGUGGAAGCUAGCAGAAGUUUGUGAACUUAUUGAACGGAACCUUAUCUUGGUUGGCGCAACAGCAAUUGAAGAUAAGUUACAGGAAGGAGUGCCGCAAACCAUCAAACUAUUGCGGAAUGCUGGGAUUCAUUUCUGGAUGCUCACGGGCGACAAGUACACAACAGCUGUGCAGAUUGCGCUUGCUUGUAAUUUCAUUUUGCCAGAACCGGAAGGACAGUUGCUGCAGGUGCAGGGCAGAUCAAAGCAAGAAGUGGCCACAAGCCUGGAAAGGGUGCUGAGGACCAUGAGAAUCACCAGCGAUAGGCACAAGGAUGUUGCCUUCAUCAUUGAAGGGUGGGCCCUGGAGAUCGCUCUUACUUAUCACAGACAUCUUUUCACAGAGCUCAGCAUGUUCGCACAAACAGCAAUAUGUUGCCGUGUCACUCCUUCCCAGAAAGCAAUGCUGGUAGAACUGGUGAAGAGCUGCGAAUAUAGAACUUUAGCUAUCGGAGAUGGUGGGAAUGAUGUCCGAAUGAUUCAAGAGGCGCAUGUUGGUGUUGGCAUCAGUGGGCGUGAGGGGCGUCAAGCUGCAAGAGCUGCGGACUACAGUAUUGCCAAGUUUCGGUUCCUGAAGCGACUCAUCCUUGUACACGGUCGAUACUCUUACCAUCGGACGGCAGUGAUAGCUCAAUACUCGUUCUAUAAGUCACUCAUUAUCUGCUUUAUUCAGAUCAUGUUCUCCUUCUGGUCAGGAAUUUCUGGAAGCAGUCUCUUCAACUCCUUCAGCCUGAUGGCGUACAACAUUGUGUAUACUAGCUUGCCUGUACUUCUAUAUGUCCUGGACAAAGACAUUAGCGAGGAGAGUGUGGAGAAUCACCCACAUGUGAUGAGGUUCUGUCAAGCAGGCCGGAUGCAUCUGGCUGCAGGCGUUUGUUGUUGCCCUGGAAACGAAUUGAUAAUUAUCGUCGGGAUGGGACCUAUUGUUUCUCUCAAGUACUUCAAGCUUUAUUACCGAGCGAGCACAAUUGCGGCGAUUCAGCAUCUGGAGAGGUCAGCAGAAAGAGGAGGAGGUGGGGGAGGAGGUGCGGGGCCACGCGCAGGAGGCAGCGCAGGAGGGAUUAGCAGUCUUUGCAGUGGUUGCUGGUCAGCUAUAUGCUGCUGCUGCUGUCCUUUCUCAGCCCUGCUCUCCUUGGUUUGGGGAUCUGAUGGCGGAGGAGACCUUGAUGGUGUCACAGGAGGAAGAGGAAGCCGCACCAUGCGACAUGGAGAGGGUUUCUCCCAUAGCUUACCCUUACUGAGCAGGACUUCUAGUUUAUCUUCCAUAUCGGAACCGCUACUUCAAGAAGGAAUGCGAUCUACCGAUGAGGAAUUAGCGCCGCGGACAUUGGUAACGACAACGACGGGUAAUUCGCUACGUGGAGGUGGCCGCGCACCUCCCCCUUCCAUACAGUCUUGGAAUGAAAACUAUGCCAGGAAGUGUCCCCAAGCGGAACAUAGCAGCGGGCAGCAACUCUGCGAAUUACCAGGCAAUGCAGUAGAGGCAACAUGGCUGCACAUCGCCAAAAACGACUGCAAGGAACAACAGGGAAAGCGGACGAGCAGCAUGGCAACAGUGCAACGAAGCACAAAGCAACACCAACACCGCAGCCAGACUACAUGGCACACAAGCAAGGCGCGCGGACGGCAAGGCAAGCUGAUGAGCAGCAAGGCAGCAGCGCAGCGAAGCACAGGUGAGUUGGAGAUACUGACUGGGUCGGGUCCUCGCAGCAUGAGUAGUGGUGAACGUGGAUAUGACAGGAAUGACCGACAUGAUCGGCCUUACGAUGGCGGACGGCGCGGACGAGCGGAGACAAGUCGUGAUGAACCAUGUGAUGCAGAUCGCUACCACCGGUAUUACGGCCAGGGGAUGACGGUUAAUGAACCGCCGAGACGGCAGUCUCCGAUAUGUUACGGGUGUAAAGUUCCCGGGCACUAUCGGAGUGACUGCUGGAGGAUCUGGGCUGACCCAACGUCGAGAAGGCAAGCUGAGGCCGACGGGUAUAUCUGCCCUGCGGAAUUGUACUGCCGGGGACGGUCUGUUUCACCAAGAAGAGCGAAUGCGGCCACCAUCCAGCGCUCACCAUCAAUCGACUCUAAGACUUCUUCGAAGCUUGAGGAGUUAGGUCAGAGUGUUGCUACCCUGCGGGAGUUUGUGGAUUUGGAGAUGGCUCAACGUAACGAAAAGGAGAAGAAACGACGUGAGCGGGAGGAAGCAAGUGUUCGUGAAGAGGAGGAGCGCAGAGCCGAAGCAGCUAAGGCGGCUAGGAAAGCUGAGAAACUUAGGAAGCGGGAAGAGGAGCAGCUGGAAAUGGCUAAGGCGGUGGAGAUGCAACUGACGCUUCGUCUCAGCAGCAUCUGGGAUGAUAUUCGGAAUGAGAUCAGGAGAGCUGUUGGCGAAACUGUGAAAGGUAAAGCCAAGUUAGUCGAAGAGAGGCCAUCUACCUCCGGAUCGGGAGCGGGUGACAACGAAGUCGAAGUGAUUACUGAAGGGACCGAGCGACUGGCAAUUAGGGAGAAGCGUAAUAGAGGAGAGGAGACUCCUGUGGGUAAUAGCCCUCCGGUGGUGACUCCAGCUAAGCGUGCUAAUAAGCGCACAAUGGUCCGGUCUCUGCGCUUCUCCGAACGGCUGCAGCUACCUCGCACACGCAUCGCCAAGAAAGGGGCUCGUGUAUUAGCCAACAAAGCGCAAACAGCUAUCAAGCGGUCUGCUCACGAUAUGGCGAUGGAAUGAAUGGCUUACCUGGACCGUACUCGGCGGAAACUUGCGCACUGCAAUUGCG